AUGCUAGCACUGGCAGAUACCACCAACAAUCCCCAGCCAAUGUUGGAGAUUCCAGAGAUGACAUUUUGCCCAACCGACUUUAAUUGCAAAGAUACCAACCUUGAUGACCCUGUCGUCAUCUCCCUGCAGUUGGGCGACUUAAUAGUUCGGAAAGUGCUGCUAGACCCAGGCAGCAGCGCUGAUGUGCUAUUCUUUACAACAUUUGAAAAAAUGAAAUUAAGUACUAAUAUUUUGCAGCCAUCUGCAGGUGAUUUGGUCGGAUUUUCCGGGGAACGCGUUCCAGUGAUGGGUUCAGUGUGGUUACAAACCACACUCGGUGAGCAGCCUUUAUCUAAAACACAUGACAUCCAGUAUCUUGUUGACAAUCUUAUAGCCACAAUCCAUGGUGAUUUGCAAGAAGCUCGGCAUUGCUAUAAUACAAGUCUAAAGCCCAUCAAAAGGGGUUGCGAACGACGUAUAAACUCCAUCACUUCCGAACAACCAACAUUGGCCGAGCUUGACCCUAGAGCCGACUUUCAAGAUCGUCCUUUACCAAAUGAAGAGCUCACAAAAAUUAUGCUAACUGAUGACCCAACGAAAUACACUUUCAUAGGAACCUCGGUAAAAGACAAGGAGCGGGAGAAGCUCAUCCAUUUUUUACAAAAGAACGCCGAUCUUUUUGCUUGGACAUCUGGAGACAUGCCAGGCAUUGAUCCAUCCGUUAUUACUCACAAAUUGGCAAUAAACCCAGCAGCUCGGCCAGUCUCUCAGAAAAAAAGAAAUCUCGGAGCCGAGAAAAGAAUGGCAUCCAUGGCUGAAGCCAAGAAGCUCAUUGAUGCAAAUUUCAUCCGGGAAAUCAGGUUUACAACUUGGCUGGCCAACGUCGUCAUGGUAAAGAAAAAUAACGACAACUCUUGUGGUUACGGCACCUUGAGUUUCAUGGAUGCAUACUCUGGUUACAACCAGAUCCUUAUGCACCCAUCAGACCAAGAAAAAAUGGCCUUUAUUACUGAAUAUGGUAACUAUUGUUACAAUGUCAUGCCUUUUGGUUUAAAGAAUGCAGGUGCAACAUACCAAAGACUGAUGAACAGGGUCUUCGAGCAACAGAUAGGUCGAAAUAUUGAGGUGUAUGUCGAUGACAUGGUCGCCAAAACAAAGGUCGGCCAUUCCCAUAUUGAUGACCUUGGGGAAAUAUUCGGCCAAAUCCGAGCUUAUAAUAUGAGGCUCAACCCGGAAAAAUGUGCUUUUGGUGUUAGCGGAGGGAAAUUCCUCGGCUUCAUGCUUACUAGCCGAAGAAUUGAAGCCAAUCCUGAAAAAUGUCAGGCAUCCAAGUCUUUUAACUUUUUUCGGUGUUUACGAAAAAACACAAAAUUCCAAUGGGAUGAAAACUGUGAAAUGGCAUUUCAAAAUUUAAAACAAUUUCUUUCUAAACCACCUGUUUUGCAAAAACCUGACAUUGGUGAACCAUUGUAUUUAUAUUUGUCGGUUACUGAUAUAGCAGUUAGCUCUGUUCUUGUUGCAGAAAAAGAGAAAACACAGCAACCAGUUUAUUUUGUAAGCAAAUCAUUGCAGAACGCCGAGCUUCGCUAUCCGAGGUUAGAAAAGCUCGCCUAUGCACUUGUUUUUUCUGCAAGACGACUCCGCCCCUACUUUCAGAGUCAUACAAUUUACGUCAGAACUUCUCAACCCUUGCGCCAAAUACUCGCCAAACCCGAGCUUGCCGGGAGAUUGAUAAGAUGGUCUAUCGAACUGUCCGAAUUUGAUAUUCAAUAUCAACCUAGAGGAUCUGUCAAAUCACAAUACCUGGCCGACUUUGUUGUCGAGCUCACGGGAACAAGCACAGACAUAGAGGAUGCAGGUUGGAUGUUAUUUGUUGAUGGGGCCUCUAACCCUCAUGGAUCUGGAGCAGGAAUACUUUUGGAAAAUGCCGAGGGGGUCGUUAUUGAACACUCUCUGCGAUUUUCAUUCAAGGCCAGCAACAAUCAAGCCGAGUAUGAAGCCCUACUCGCGGGGCUCAGGUUAGCAAUAGAACUACAUGUUGUUAACUUAAAAGUUUAUUGUGAUUCUCUAUUAGUUGUUCAACAAGUAAAUCAGAGUUUCCAGACAAAAGAUCCAGUUUUGUCAAAAUACCUAAUUCUUGUCAAAAAUCUCAUGGAUCGUUUCUCAAAAAUUGAAAUUUGUCAUAUAGCACGAGAUCAAAAUCAUAGGGCAGAUAUAUUAUCAAAGCUUGCUUCCACUCAAUCACACACUGCCUCAUUAUUACAAUCCACUCUCCACGAGCCGAGCAUAAACAUCCAUAGCAUUUCUCAUAUAGAACAGGAAGUCGGUUGGCAAAAGCCAUACAUCCAAUACCUUAAAAGUGGAGAACUCCCACAAGAGAUACAAGAUGUAAAAAAGUUCAAACGACAGGCAUCAUUCUUUACAUUAUUAAAUAACCUGUUGUAUAGGCGGGGCUACUCCCGACCAUUAUUGAAAUGCUUAGACAGGACAGAGGCCGACCUAGCCCUAGCCGAGGUCCAUGAAGGCAUUUGUGGAAUACACUCAGGAGCCAGGAGUCUAGCACAAAAGAUUCUUCGUGCUGGUUUUUAUUGGCCGACCAUAUGGGAGGACAGUCGGAAAAAGGUCCGAACUUGCGACCGCUGCCAAAAACAUGCCCCUAGCAUAAACAUCCCCGCCGAAGAUUUACAUCAAUCAACGGUAAGCUGGCCCUUUAAUCAUUGGGGAAUAGAUAUCCUGGGACCUUUUCCCACAGCUCCGAGACAGGUAAAAUAUUUGGUUGUGGCAAUUGAUUACUUUUCUAAAUGGAUUGAGGCUCAACCUCUAGCUAAAAUUACAUCAGUUCAAAUGAUUUCUUUUGUCUGGCAAAAGAUAAUUUGCAGAUUUGGUAUACCUCGUCACAUUGUAACCGAUAAUGGUCGGCAGUUUACCGACCAUAAUUUUAAGAACUUUUUACAGAACUUAAAGAUUAAGCAGCAUUUUUCCUCGGUGGAGCAUCCUCAAUCUAACGGCUUAGCUGAAGCUGCAAACAAGGUCGUCCUCCAGGCUUUAAGGAAGAAACUCGAUGACGCCAAAGGAUUAUGGGCUGAACUUGUUCCAGAGAUUUUAUGGGGUUAUAAUACCUCACCACACUCGACGACUAAAGAAACACCAUUUCGUCUGGUUUACGGAUCAGAAGCAAUGAUACCAGUUGAAGUAUCACAAAGCUCCUUCAGAACACAGGCAGAAGAUCAUGAGUAUGCUCGGCGAGCCGAGCUUGACUUGGUGGAGGAGGUGCGGACCAUAGCGGCCGUUCGUCACAAAGCCUUACAGCAAAGAUUAGGCAAAUGCCAUAAUAAAAGGGUGAAACCAAGAUCCUUUAACUUCGGAGACCUGGUAUUAAGAAAAACUGAAGAAGCGCGGAAACCACCCACUCAUGGCAAACUUGCAGCCACAUGGGAAGGCCCAUACCGAAUUCAUCAGGUACUCGGCAAAGGAGCAUACCGGUUGGAGCAAUUAGAUGGUACAGUAUUGCCUAGCACUUGGAAUAUUAAUUCCUUGAAACAAUAUUAUAGUUAA